AUGAGAUGUGGAAAUGAGGAGGAAACAGUGAUCCAUGCAGUAAAGGGCUGUUGUUGGGCAACCAAACAUGUUAACGCUAAUGAAGAAUGGGAAAGCAAAUGGAAACCACCAGAAAAUUACUUCUCAAAAAUCAAUUUUGAUGGGGCAGUUGACACAAAAAAGAAACAUGGAAGGAUAGGGGAACUGAUCAGAGAUUAUGAAGGUAAAGUCUUGGGAGCUUACUGUGAUAAACUGUCUGGGGUGACAAACCCUUUCACUGCUAAAGAUUAUGCAACUAUAAGGACGUCGAAAUUUGCAAAAGAUAUGGAAAUCCAUGACAUCAUUUUAGAAGGUGACUCACUGAUGGUAAUUAAACAAAUGAAAAAUUGGAAUUGGGAUCUGUCUCUUAUAGGAAACUUGAUAAAGGCUGAGUUUAAUGAGUACAGUGUGCAACAUAUCAAACGAGAAGGAAAUGCAGCUAUCCAUAAGCUAGCAAAGGAUGGAUUUUCGAUCACUGAAAGAAAGUAUUAG